CACCUGCCCAAGAUGCAUGGUGACAACUAUGGUAUGGACCAGGAUCACGCCGAGGAAAAUUUCCUCAACGACGUAAAACUGCUCAGUGAAUAUGGCGUACACUUCUACAAGCUAUACACGGAUAAGAAGGCGAGGGGGCAGCACGUGUGGCUCGGCGUGCACGCGCGCGGCAUCGAGAUCUGCGAGGCGUUGGGGGACGAUCGCGUGCCCAUGCAAGCGUUCCCCUGGUUGGACGUCGUUAAGGUGCAGUUUGACAAGCGCAGCUUCCU